AUGUCAUCUACAACUACUGGUCCGGUCCAAAACUUACAGAAGCUCAGCACGAAACGCGGCAAGAGCUUCAAGGAUCCGACGAGGAGGCCGACGAUCACUGUCGAACGCUGUGUUGUUGGAUGGAAAAGUGUGGCCUGUAUCAUCACCCCUUUCCUACUUGCCUAUCUUGCGUAUCAUGUCCAGCCAGCCCUGCCCAGUACGAAUGCUGUUUGUGUCACCGGAGGUACAAUCUAUACUUCGACGCCUGACAGUCCCUUCGCCGAGUGUAUCGCCAUCCAGGGUGAUAGGAUUAGCUUUGUAGGCAAGAGGGUGGAUCUUGAAAACUCCCAAGCUCACUUGCGCUGGUUUCAUCGUAUCAAAUCGUGGCUCAGUUAUAGCCGCUCGAUCAAGGUUGGUCAACUUACGAUAAAUACGCUGGAUGGCGAAAUCUCCGUACUUCCGGGAUUGAUUGAUGCUCAUGCACACCCUCUCGAGUACGGAGAAGGAUUAGUAGGGGUUGAUCUAGUGGGUUGCGAAUCGGUUCGAUCCGUAAUUGAUCGUAUCAUUAGUCACAUAGACUUGGAGUCUGGUAAUCCGGAUCAAAUCAUUCGUGGGAGCGGGUGGGAUCAGACAUUGUUUGAGGGCAAGCAGUUUCCUACAGCGGCUGCACUAUCUAGUAACCCAAAACUUCAGGGAAAGAAGAUCGUCUUGAGAAGAAUAGACUAUCACGCUUAUUGGGUCUCGGAUGCUAUUCUCGAUUCGGUACUUGCUAAAAAUCCUCCCUUGGACGUGGAGGGCGGCGAAGUCGUCCGGGACCCGGAUGGUCAUCCGACUGGCGUCUUUGUCGAUAAUGCUAUGGAUUUGAUUGAUGAAAAUAUACCUAAGAGGACAGAUGAAGACCGCUUAAAAUAUCUUGAGUCAACAGCGAAAGAGAUGCUGUCUCUCGGAUUGACCACUGUGAACGAUGCUGCCACAGACCUAGAAACGAUAGAAUUUUACAAAAGACUUGAUGCUCAAGAUAAGUUACCCGUGAGGGUCACAGGUAUGGUUAACUGUGGAUACACAUAUUGCGGAGAUCAGGUCGAAAAAAUCAGUGGCAACAAAUUCAACCUUCGGAGCGUCAAGUUGUUCGUGGAUGGUGCAUUAGGCUCUUGGGGAGCAGCACUUUGGGAGCCUUAUUCAGACAUGAAGUUAUCCCGAGGCAUUUUGCGCGCUCCUGAGGAGACUUUCCUUCCGCUUAUCCAACGUUGGGUCGAUGCAGGGUUUCAGGUGAACUCGCAUGCGAUUGGAGACCGAGCCAAUACGCUGGUGAUCGACUCAUAUGAAAAGGUCUUGAGCAACCUCAAUAGCUCUGCUCACUCACCGCGCCCAUUCAACUUUCCCCGACUCAGGAUUGAACAUGCCCAAAUCCUUCGACAUGCUGAUAUAGAAAGGAUCGGGAAAAUGGGUAUUAUAGCUAGCGUUCAGCCCACCCAUGCGAUUGCUGACAUGGAUUACGCCGAGGCUCGACUGGGAAGUGAAAGAAUCCUUGGGGCUUAUGCAUGGAACAGUCUUUUGAAAAAAAACGUCACUUUAGCUCUGGGAUCAGACUUCCCAGUUUCAGCUGUAUCUCCAUUCAUGGGAAUACAUGCCGCAUUUACCAGAAGGAAACCGGUUCCCAGUCAGAUUGAUGGCACUGAAGGAUGGUAUCCGUCAGAAAGGAUUGAAAACCUUCAAGAAAUUAUUGAUGGAUUCACAAUUCAUGCUAGUUUUGCUGGCUUUACUGAGAACCAGAUCGGAAGUUUACGGGUUGGAAGAUUGGCCGAUUUUGUCAUCAUCAAUCAAAACCUGUUCGAUUCUACGAAAUCUAGAGAUCAGAUCUCGGAUCAAAUCUUGAAUGUUAAAGUGGUGGCUACUAUCUUAAAUGGUCAAACCGUCUUUGGUAAAAUUUAA